GAGAAAUCUACAAGGAGUUGGGUUACUUGUUUCAUGGACCAGUUUGCAGCUGGAUCUGUCGUAUGGGCAAGUGCCCAUAGAGACAUUUUUUGGCCUGGCGUCGUGGUUGAAACUGAGGGCCGUGCACCUAAAAAACAUGUGAGCGUGAAAUUCCUGAUUGAGGAUUCACAUGAAGACAUCAAGAGUCCCAGCAAGAUUUUCAUGUGGGACUGUGAAGAACAAAAUGAAUUUAUUGAAAAAGGCAGAGCAUUAAAGAAUGAGGAACGAAAAAUCCAUUUUAAUAAGGCUGUGGCAGAAGCAGAUAAUCUUUUGAAGCAAGUCACAGAAAGAAGUGUCAUAAAUACCUCAGAAACUUGGACGGAUGUACCAUUAGAGCAGAAUGGUAGCAAAUGUGAAAGGAAAUUGGACAAAACUAAAGCAAAUAAAGGAAACGGAGUGCUGAAGAAAAAUCUCCCCCCUGCAAAUAGAUGGCAAGCUAAAAGAUCUGCAAAAUGUAAUGGGAAAAGUCAGAAAGUACAUACAUUGCAAGGACAGCCCAAUGUCUUGACAUCAGAAGCAAGUGAAACCAAAGAGCACUCACAAGUCUGUCAAGGACAUCAGAGUUUGUCAAAGGAGAAAAGAAAACGAAAGGAAAAUGACUCUUGCAAAAAAAUGUUACCAGUAAAGAAGGUAAAAUCAGGUGAUCAAGUUGUACUAGGUGAGGUAAAACCAGAGAAAAAUGAAAAGAAUGUGGGAGAGUUGGAUUUUAGGACAUCAACUAGUAGUGAGGAUAGCCAUGUUGGACAUGCAGUUGAUAUAACCAGCAUAAGUAGCACCACUUCAGAGGGGAGCUCUGAUGAUGAGGAACUCAUGUCAGAACCAUUUUCUCCAAGCCAAGAAGCUAAUAAUCAUUUUUCAGUUGGUGACAUUGUUUGGGCAAAAUACUCUCGUGAACCUUAUUGGCCUGCCUUGGUCAAAAAAAUCACUGGAAAAAAUAGAAGAGAACAGAAAUUUGUGGUAAAAUUUCUUGGCUGGAAUGAUGGCCUGUUCAAAAUCCAGCCCAAAAAGUUAGAACAUUAUGCUGGGGAUCAAAAUCGAGAAAAAUUCAAGCUUAUCAGAGACACCCUCAAAAACAAAGAGUUGAAAGAGAAGUUUGAUGAAGCCAUUGAUGAGGCUGAUGAUUUCUUAACAAGAAGAGGACUUGGUAAAAGUUUCGAUGAAGAGCUUGAUUUAGAGAAUGACAAAGAAGAAAACAUUAAAGAAGAAUGUGAAGACGAGGAUGAAGUGCAAUCUGUUGGUGGUGCUCAAACAGAGGACAAAUAUCUACAACCUUGCGAUACUUCUGUACGAAGAAGGUCUAACCGAACAAAAAAGCAAGUGUCGCGGUACAGGGACAUCUUAUCCCACAUCAGGCAGGCAAAACCGAUCUUGAAACAGAUUUUAGAUGGCAGAAGAUCAUCCGAACGCCAUACAACUUUCACGAGUGGAAGAAAAAGCGAAAGGAAUCAAUUAAAACACCGAGCAGGGUUUGGUCCUGUAGGGAAUGAAGCGUUGCAUAUCAUGGAGAUGCUUAUGGAAUUCUACAAAGAAAUUAAAGGAGAUGAAGACUUCUCAUACGUAUCAGAGGUGUGGUUACCCGAAGCAAUAAUUUGGUCAAUACAAAAUAUUGACCACAUCGACAGGCAAAAGGCAGAAAAAAUGUAUCUGGAAGGGAGCGAGUCUACAGUAACAAAUGCUCAAGUCGAAGAGUUUAAGUCGGCGCUAAUGAAGAGAAAGAAAGUGGGUAGAGAAGAAGUCGAAGAAAAGAUAAGAAGAGCAGAAAGAGUGAUGGCCAGCUGACCAGCUGAAAGAUGAAGAUUGCCGUAUCCGUAGUAAAUCCUUCGUUUCGCUGCGCGAAAAGUCUGUUUCACCGACGCUGAGUUUCGGUUGGUCAGAAGCCGUAGCGACGUCUCCACAAAACAGAUCACUCUAACAUCCUGAAUAUUCUAAUACUGUUCUCAAACGCAGAGUAGAUUUAAGAUAGUAUGAGAAGUGUUAAAUUUUGCUAUUAAAAUGGCCAUUGAAAUCUGUAGGACCUAGCGCUAGUCUAUCACAUUCUUGGGCAAAAAGAUGCUAAGAUGAAUAAUAAAUUGUCAGUCAGAAGAAAAUUUAAUCAAUGAUUAGGCUUACUUUAUCGUGAGAUAGAAAACUUCGUUCUGUUCCCGGAUAUAAGAUUAUUUAGUUUUAUCAACUAAGUCAAUACUGUCGGUACUGUGGAAUAUAUACUGUGACAGGAUUUGUAGUAUUUUUAAUUACUUUUUCAAUUAAGGUUACCGUGCAGCUUCAGGGGUGUCUCGCUUGCAAUCGACAAUACGCUCAGUAAUUAUUCGUGUAACGGUCAACAAAUGUAAGGUGCAGAAUGAAAUUAAAUUAUUCCUGACUCGA